ACACCUCUUUAGUCCUCAUCCGACCGUCAGUCCGUGCUCACGCGUGAGUAUGCGUCGCGACCGAAUGUGUGAUCUUGUGUGAAAAGUCAGUGUCUCAGCACGAGAGUCAUUUCACAGGCACCUAAACUACCCCUUCGCCGGUUUGGGUGGUGGGUGGCCAGUCAGGACUAAUAUCAAUAGAUUUUGUGCGUCAAGAAAAAAAAAACAACUCCAGGAGCAAGAUUGAGAUAGUGCGAAUUUUCACGAAAACGGGAAAUUGUGUUAAUUGCUAUUCGAAUUUAUAUGUGAUGUAUAUUUACGGAUGAGAAUAUCCUUAAAAAAAAAGGUUCUGCCAGUUCUGCGUUCUCUGUGGCGUGUGUUCUCUGUUGAAAAAAAAAAUAUACCACACACCAAAAGCAGUGAAGUAACACAAUUUUCUCUCAUUUGUGGAAAGUGAAGUUGCUUUUUGCGGGAAAUUUAUGUCAAAGACUGCCCACUUAAUUUCCAUUAUCUGCCCAGUGUUUGUCUGCUCUCAUUCUAGUCACAUAUUACCAAUAUCCGUGGAGUAGUGGAAAAAUUGGAUUGAAUUACAAUUAAAAUGUGGCGAAAUUAAUGCACAAGCUCGUUGUAAAUUGAAGUGAGUGAAAAUUUAUUUAUUGUGGCCAAACUGAUAAUGCUAAUCUGCUUCAGUGGGCAAGUACUGAAUCCAAGUUAUAAUGAAACAUUAUACGAACACACAGUGGAAUAAUCACAAUAAUUUCAAUAUUGUGCACGCGAAAAAUUCAAUUAAACACGAAUUUAUCACGUGGCUGGAAUAAUUGGAAAUAGGAGGACCCAUCAGGAGAGUUCAGGAGUGUGAGAACGUGAUUUUUUUUAUCCAGCAAGAGUGUAAUCGCGUUAGGAAUAAAAUAAAAUAAUAUUAUAGCGAACCAGAAAAUACCCGUCGAGUGAAAUUCAACUGAUAAAUCAAAAAUCACGACACAUUGUAAUUAAAAAUGAAAAUCACCUCUUCACGGAUUGCGCGCUUUGUCCUCUACCAAAUUGCCGUGCUGGGAGCCUACGUGGUGCUGGCCCAUGGAAAGCAUCCCCCGGAGAAGGAGAGACACGGAACUGAACCCGAGUCAAAUACUAAAGUUCGAACGUUGGAUAUCGAAGCCGUGGAGGGUCGCAGUGUAUCUUUGCCCUGUCCGCUGUCGGCCCCAUUAGACGACGUUAAUAUGGUGUUAUGGUUCCGAGACAAUGCCGGCAUCCCAUUAUACAGUUUCGAUUUUCGCAGUAAAUCACUGUCACACGUGAGACACUGGUCAGCACCUGAAGUCUUUGGGUCUCGUGCAAUGUUUAAUGUGAAAUCAUCGCCAGCAUCGUUGGACAUUAAGGAUAUCAAGCGACACGAUCAGGGAGUGUAUAGAUGCCGUAUUGAUUUUCGAACGAGCCAGACCCAGAGCUUUCGACAUAAUCUAUCAGUCAUAAUCCUGCCAGAGCAUCCCAUUGUCCUGGAUCGCUGGGGACGUCAACUUAAUGGAACUAUCCUGGGUCCUAAGCAAGAAGGGGAUGACAUCAUGAUAUCAUGUCGUGUAGUUGGGGGUCGACCACAGCCUGAGGUACGAUGGCUAGUAAAUGGACUUUUGGUGGAUGAUCAAUACGAACAGAACUCAGGUGAUGUUAUUGAAAAUCGUCUGAUGUGGCCAGCAAUUCAGAGAACCGAUCUCAAUUCCGUAUUCACGUGUCAAGCAACCAAUACAUUAUUGGCUGAACCUAAAGAGAGCAGCUAUGUUCUGGACAUCUAUCUGAAACCUCUUGACGUGAAAAUAAAAGAACCUUCUGGACCGUUGGUGGCUGAUCGGAGGUACGAGAUGACCUGCGUGAGCACAGGGUCUCGUCCUAAUGCAAUCAUUACGUGGUACAAGGGGAAACGGCCAUUGCGAAGGACACGGGAUGACGUUUUGAAUAAUACCACCCGUUCGGAAUUAAUUUUCGUGCCAUCAACUGAGGACGAUGGAAAAUCCAUAACGUGCCGAGCAGAAAAUCCCAAUGUAAAUGGAUUGUUUCUGGAAACUUCACUAAAAUUGGAUGUUGUUUAUCCGCCAAUGGUGAAUCUAAGAUUGGGUUCAACACUGUCAGCAGAUGACAUCAAGGAGGGUGACGACGUUUACUUUGAGUGUCACGUUCAGGCCAAUCCUCCAUGGCGAAAAUUACUGUGGUUACACGAUGGUGUUUACUUGGCCCACAACACCACAGCCCGCGUGAUAAGGUCAAAUCAAAGCCUCGUCUUGCAGAAAGUGACGAGAUUCUCGGCCGGAAACUACGCCUGCAGUGCUAUCAACCAAGAGGGUGAGACAGUGAGCAACCAACUUCCCCUCAGAGUUAAAUAUACACCAAUUUGUGCGACAGACAAAAUUCUCAUUGUUGGUGCUGGUAAAGAUGAGAAUGUGGAGAUUGUUUGCGAUAUUCAUGCUGAUCCACCAGCCAGAACAUUUCGAUGGAAGUUCAACAAUUCUGGAGAAACACUGGACGUGGGUUCUGCACGAUACAGCAGCAUUAAUGGGACGCGUAGCGUUCUGCACUAUACACCUGUUACGGAUCAGGAUUUUGGAACAUUGUCCUGCUGGGGGAUCAGCGAAAUCGGUCCACAGGCUCAGCCAUGCAUGUUCCAAGUUGUACUAGCAGGAUUCCCAUCUGCAGUGAGCAACUGUACAUUGUACAAUCAGACGCAAAUGUCUACGGAGAUACAGUGCAUUGCCGGAUAUGACGGCGGUUUGCCGCAAGUGUUUGUACUCGAGUUGUAUUCACAGAGAACGGGUCGCACGAGAUUAAACUUCACCAACUCAGAGGAGCCCUACUUUAUUCUGGAUUCAUUGGAUACACUGUCGUCGCUGAUGACAGCGGAGAAUGAGACACUAGCAGCCAGGGUGUUUGCCGUCAAUCAGAAAGGUCGAAGUCAAGGUGCUGCCGUGCCCAAACUACAAAUCGGCAAUCGUGUGAAACAGACAGAACACCAAAAUCCCCUUCAGAUGUCACCAGUUUUAAUUGGUGCCGUGAUAACUGUGAUCAUCAUCUGUGUGGCAAUUAUCUUGCGGAUAUGCUAUGUGGUUUGUGUGCGGAGCAGACGCACCCCGAAGACAUCCCAGCCUCCAUCCUCAGGAGCCAACUUUGUGUUCAGUGGAGGCGGUGGAGCCGCCAAAUUGGAGAAGGGCGGCGGCAGCCAAAAGCCACGGUGGCAGCAUACAGAUGUUAAAUCAAAAGCAUCCUCGACGAUGGAUACCUCUGCUGGUACCAUCAUGAGUGAGGAUGAGAAGGAUCCAGAUGUGAUACCGCAGUACGUGGCAGAUCAUCCGCACAACCAGUACCAUCAUCAUCAACCGACGUUUGAACAGCCGACGCAAGGAUGGGCGCAGCAGAGUGUGAAUGUACUGAAAAGUGAAACCCUGAUGAAUGGAGACUGUCGAGCGUCGCAGGUGCCAUCGGGAGCAACAGGAGACUUGGAUAUCAACAUCACGGCCAUACGGGAUAGGUUGAUGACGACGAGGGUGCCAGAGAGCUGUGUCUGAAACAUCAUAUUCGCCACUGCACUGUACAUAUCACACUAUCGCAUUAGACGUACUUUUGAAGCAUCAGUUAAAAUUAAGACGAAAUUGACAGACUCUAUUUAUACGUGUAUAUUGAUGGCACAUAUUGCCAUAUUCUAUCUGUGGGGUGUAGUGUAAAUAAAUAAAGAAAUGAAAAC